AUGUGUUGUUUGUCGGCCUGGCGAAUCAAGGUGCUAGAGAUUACAGGGUACGGAGGAAGUUUUAGAGAGCUGAAACAAAUGAGACAUUUCUUGGGAAAACUACAAUGUCUUGAAACUGUGAGAAUUGGUGUACAAAAGGAUAGCAACAAGUACUUGCGAGCCAAUCUAACGACUCUUCCUAGAGCUUCACCAAAGUGCAACAUCCAAUUCAUUUAA